CAUCACUUGUUCGCGCUCAUAUGCUUACAAUUUAUACGCACAAUAUCCACAUUAUAUGCUGUUAAUUCUCCGUAAAGGAAUUCAGUUUUUUGUUGCUCGCUUAAAAUUCGUUCAUCCUGUUUUCCUCUGUAAAUCUUCAUCAGCUGGUGUUUAGUACAUCUUUUUUUGUUUGGUUGUUGCCUGAGUGAAUCAUAAGGGAAAAUCGGAUGUGUUUGAAAGGAAUUUUGUGUGGAAUCUGGAGAAGAUAAUGAGAUUGAAUUGUAGGGAAAGGGGCGAUAAAUGGGAAGUAUUUUGCGUGGGUUCGUGUUGCCCUCGCUGCUCUUGACAGCCGGGCUACUGAAUUGGAGCUUAAUUUCUCUCGUUAAUUUGGUGACUUCCCUUAUUUUCCGGUUUACUGCUUCUAAAAGAGGAUUUCAAUUCAGAGGACGAGUCCUGUCAUUAUGGUUUGUGUUGGUAUACUCGACAUUUGUGAUAAUUUUGCAAAUAAUUUUCUGUAUACAAUGUGCUAUGCAAUGGAGCAAUGUUGAUGCUUGGUGGAUAACUCUACUUGGACUUAUGAAGGCUGACUCCUCGAGAUCCCCAAAAAUUAUCUAUUUUUUGAUUAUAGAACUACUAGCUGGAGUUUCUGCUCUCAUUGAGAUACACAGGAACAAAUUUGGUUUGGUUGUAUUUGGAGGUUAUUUCUGGGGUUUUCGAGAUUCUUUGUGGGGCUAUCUGUCUUCGAUUUUCAAACAAAUAGGGUACCGUCUUAGGUUAGCUUCCUGCUUGUUGCUGCCCGCUGUUCAGUUGGUUUCGGGGAUCAGCAAUCCUUCUUGGCUAUCUUUACCAUUUUUUAUCUGCAGCUGUGUUGGUCUAGUUGAUUGGUCUUUGACCAGCAACUUUUUAGGUCUGUUCAGGUGGUGGAAGCCGCUCUGGGUAUAUGCUGGAAUAUGCAUUUGCCUACUUUACAUGAAUCAGCUUCCUGUUGGGUUACCACAAUUUUUCCAAGUGAUAUUAGACUCCAUUGGCCUAUACAAAAUAUCCAUGGAUUCUGACUGGCAACAAAUUUGUUCUGGUACUUCUCUGAUGGUGUUCUUUUAUAUGUUGUCUUUAAUAAAGCAUGAUUUAGAAGACAUGGAAUUCAUCAUGUCCAUGAGAGAAGGCAGCUUGACUGAGCACCUUCUUCCUUCUAGGAAUUCCUUUUUUGUUCGUCAGCUGAGGUCUGGUGUGAGGCAUACUAACAUACUAUUAAGAGGCUCUGUUUUCAGGAUUUUUAGCAUCAACUGGUUUACUUAUGGAUUCCCGAUAUCCUUGUUUGCUCUUUCAUAUUGGAGCUUCCACUUUGCAAGUAUCUGUGCAUUUGGGUUACUUGCUUAUGUGGGGUAUAUUUUAUACGAUUUCCCUUCAUUGUUUCGUUUGCACCGGUUGAAUGGGCUGCUUCUCGUCUUUAUUCUCUUGUGGGCUGUCAGCACAUAUAUCUUCAAUGUGGCUUUUGCUUAUGUAAACUGGAAGCUUGGAAAGGAUAUGGAGAUCUGGGAGACGGUGGGAUUAUGGCACUAUCCAAUCCCUGGUUUCUUCCUUCUCGCACAGUUCUGUCUUGGGAUUCUUGUAGCUCUCGGGAAUCUCGUUAACAAUUCUGUAUUUCUAUGCUUAUCAAAUGAAGAAAGGCGAUUCUCUUCCGAAAACGAGACUGAGGAAGUAAAAGAAGAUCCCAAAGUCUUAGUAGUGGCUACUAUUGCUUGGGGACUUCGCAAAUGUUCUCGGGCCAUUAUGCUGCUUCUGAUUUUCCUUAUUGCUGCAAAACCUGGUUUCAUUCAUGCUAUUUAUAUGGUAUUCUUCUUUGCAUAUUUUUUGAGCCAUAAAAUCAGUAAAAGGAUGCGUCAGUCCCUUAUUCUUAUGUGCGAAGCCCAUUUCGCAAUUAUAUAUAUUCUUCAGCUUAAUCUGGUCUCUGGAAAGCUGGAACAGAAAGGCUCUGUGAGUUUGGAUGUGCUAUCACAGUUAGGUCUCAUUGAAAGUGAUAGUUCUUGGGAGCUGAUGGAGAUCGCUCUGCUGGCAUGCUUCUGUGCCAUUCAUAACCAUGGGUUUGACAUGUUGUUCUCGUUUUCUGCAAUUGUUCAGCACACACCUUGUCCUCCAAUUGGAUUUAGCAUCUUGAAAGCUGGUUUGAACAAGUCAGUUCUUUUGUCAGUUUAUGCCACCUCCAACACCAGAGAUGAUUGUAAGAAUCGUUCCCACGAAAGGAGAGUGGCACAAUAUCUGAGUGCUAUUGGGAAAAAGUUCCUAACCAUGUACAGAUCAUUUGGGCCUAAUAUUGCUUUUCUCACCAUUCUUAUAGCAGUGUACCUUAUUAGGCCUAACUACAUAUCUUUCGGGUACAUUUUCCUUCUCCUUGUCUGGAUCAUUGGAAGACAGCUAGUAGAGAGGACAAGAAGACGUCUAUGGUUUCCACUCAAAGCAUAUGCAGUUGCUGUUUUUGUUUUUAUUUACCUUUUAAGCAUUUUCCCCACCUUCGAGACAUGGAUGGCCAAGAAAGUUGAUCUUUGUGUAUGCUUUGGAUACAAAACUGAAGCUUCUUUGUUAGAAAAUCUUCGGGAGUCUUUAGCAAUAAUGAUCGUGAUGCAACUUUAUAGCUACGAGAGAAGACAAAGUGAAUACUUGAAACCAGAAGAUCCCGCUCCAUUACAAUUUGGAAUAGUCGGGUUUAUUAAACGGUUUCUGAUCUGGCACAGUCAGAAGAUUCUGUUUAUUGCGUUGUUUUAUGCAUCGUUAUCUCCUAUAAGUGCAUUUGGUUUCUUAUAUCUUCUUGGUCUCGUUUUCUGUUCAGCUUUGUCUAAAGCAUCUAGAAUCCCCUCAAAAGCAUUCUUAAUUUACACCGGGUUGCUGGUGGCAGCUGAAUAUCUAUUUCAGAUGUGGGGAAAACAGGCUAAAAUGUUUCCCGGGCAGAAACAUCACGAUUUGUCUCUUUUCCUGGGCCUACAGGCAUAUGGACCAAGUUUUGAGGGCCUAGAAGCAGGCUUGAGGGCAAAAGUACUGGUGAUUGCUGCAUGUACUCUUCAGUAUAAUGUGUUCCGCUGGUUGGAAAAAAUGCCUCGUUCUCUUUCAAACGUAGGUAGAUCAGAGGAGCCUUGUCCAUUAUUUAUUUCAUCCGAAGAUGAUUUUGCUACUGUUCUAACUUCUGAUGGGGAUAGCCAGACACUAUCUGAAUCAAGUGAACUGUCUGCCCAGAGGACAGAGCAUAGCAGCUCUUGGCCAUCUUUCAGGCAGCAUGUUUAUCGGCCAUCUCAGAAUAUAUCCUCCCCUAGAAGCACUCCCGGUGGAAGCAGUAGAAAAUAUUCAUUUCACUACAUCUGGGGAACCAUGAGAGAAAGUCACAAGUGGAAUAAGAAAAGGAUUGUUGCCUUGAGACAGGAGAGAUAUGAACUGCAGAAAACAACGCUAAAAAUUUAUUUGAAGUUUUGGAUUGAAAAUAUGUUCAACCUCUUUGGCCUCGAGAUCAAUAUGAUAGCACUGCUACUUGCCAGUUUUGCUCUGUUGAAUGCCAUUUCUAUGCUCUAUAUUGCAUGUCUUGCUACGUGUGUUCUGUUGCCACGUCCAAUCAUCCGCAGACUGUGGCCGAUAUUUGUCUUUCUGUUUGCUACCAUUCUACUUUCCGAGUACUUUGUGAUGUGGAGGAGUUUGAUGCCUUCACAUAGCGGUGUUGCAACCAAGGCUAAUACACAUUGCCAUGAUUGCUGGAAAAAUUCAAAUUUAUACUUCCCCUUCUGUGAAAAAUGUUGGCUGGGUAUUAUAAUUGAUGAUCCUCGCAUGCUUAUGGGUAAUUAUGCUGUUUUCAUGCUCACGUGUUUCAAACUCCGCUCGGAUCACACAUCCAGUUUUUCAUGGUCGUUUACAUAUGAACAGAUGUUAUCUCAGCGUAAAAAUGCUUAUGUUUGGCGAGAUCUCUCAUUUGAAACCAAAAGCAUGUGGACUUUGCUCGACUAUCUGAGGCUCUACUGCUAUUGUCAUCUAUUAGAUUUAGUACUAGCAUUGAUUUUAAUAACAGGAACCCUGGAGUAUGACAUUCUGCACCUUGGGUACCUGUGUUUUGCUUUAAUCUUCUUCCGCAUGAGGCUUACCAUUCUGAAGAAGAAAAAUAAGAUUUUCAAGUAUUUACGCAUUUACAAUUUUGUUGUCAUCGUCCUGUCUCUGGCUUAUCAGUCUCCAUUCAUAGGUGAUUUUAAUGUGGGGAAGUGUGACACGGUUGAUUAUGUUUACGAGGUGAUAGGAUUUCAUAAGUACGAUUAUGGCUUUCGGAUUACCUCAAGAUCAGUUUUGGUGGAGAUCAUCAUCUUUAUUCUGGUUUCAUGUCAGUCAUACAUGUUCUCUUCCUCGGAGUUUGAUUACGUAUUUCGAUACCUUGAGGCUGAACAAAUUGGUGCCAUUGUGCGAGAACAAGAGAAGAAAGCUGCUUGGAAGACUGAACAGCUGCAGCACAUUCGUAAAUCUGAGGAGAAUAAACGUCAACGUAAUUUACAAGUUGAGAAGAUGAAAUCCGAGAUGCUCAACAUGCAAAUUUUGCUCCAUGGCAUGAAGUCCACUACUACUAAUGUUGGUUAUACAUUUGACUCACCAGCUAAUGAAGGGUUGAGAAGGAGGAAAAACGCCUCACUUACAGUGCAAGACUUUGCUAACCUCGAGAGACUGGAGGUAUUUGAAUCUUCAACUAGUGCGAGACUAGAAAGUCCACUUGCAAUGCAACUCACAACACAGUUGAGAAAUUCUUCUCUUGGCGAGAUAAGUGAACUUGAGGAUCAUUCAGGUGACACUAUUGAUUUGGACAAAUUAAAGAAAAGAAGCCAGUCAAUGGAAAACCCAUUAGUUUCUGCUGUGCAGUUUCUAGGCGAUGGUGUUUCCCAAGUACAGUCAAUCGGGAAUCAAGCGGUUAGCAAUCUUGUGAGCUUUUUGAAUAUUCCAUCUGAAGAAUCUGAUUCGAGUGAGCUCUCGUCCUCCGAGGUGUCGUCUAAUGAGAGGGGAACACCAGAUGUUAAGCACAAAGAUCUGAACCGUACGUCUUCACAGCAGUCUGAUAAGAGUCGAGCUUCCGAUCCUGCGAGUCUCCAGAUUGCGCGCAUAGUCUCUCAUAUCUGGUCCCAGAUGAGGUGGACCAAUGAUGUUGUGUGUUAUUGUUGUUUUGUUCUUGUUUUCCUUUGGAAUUUCAGUUUGCUUUCCAUGGUUUACCUGGCGGCUCUAUUCCUAUAUGCUCUCUGUGUGAAUACGGGACCGAAUUAUAUCUUCUGGAUCAUUAUGCUAAUCUACACAGAAAUGUAUGUCCUGAUUCAGUAUCUGUACCAAAUAAUGAUCCAGCAUUGUGGUUUUAGCAUCCAGUCAGACCUUUUACGUGAGUUGGGGUUUCCUACUAGAAAAAUAACAUCGUCAUUUGUUGUCAGUUUGCUACCUCUAUUUCUAGUGUAUCUAUUUACUCUGAUACAGUGCUCUGUGACUGCAAAAGACGGUGAGUGGUUUUCAGUAGGAUUUAAUAAUUCCAGAGGAGGGGCAUUGAAUCACUAUGGGGUUCAUUCAAAUUCCACAUGGAGUGAGAAAAUAAAAAUGGUUUUCCAUUUAAUGGAACGGAUGGUUGGGAUGGUCUUUGGUAGCUGCUCUAAAUACUGGAAAUCACUUACACAAGAAGCAGAAUCUCCUCCUUACUUUGUUCAGUUGUCCAUGGAUGUCAAAGCAUGGCCGAAGGAUGGAAUUCAACCAGAGAGGAUUGAAUCUGGAAUUAAUCAGCUACUGUUGCUUGUGCAUGACGAACACUGUAGGAAUAAAUUGCCUAGUAAUUGUCCUUGUGCCAGCAAGGUUCAAAUCCAAAGCAUUGAGAAAAGCACUGAGAAUGAAAAUGUGGCCUUGGCUGUUUUUGAGGUGAUCUAUGCCUCUCCAUUAACAGAAUGUAAACGAGCUGAACAGUUCAACUCUCUUACUCCAGCAGCCGAUGUAGCAAAGGAGAUCCUUAAAGCCAGAAGCAUGGGGUUAUCUGAGAAUGUUGGAUUUCCUUAUCCUAUAGUCUCUGUAAUUGGAGGUGGCAAAAGAGAAGUCGAUCUUUAUGCUUACAUCUUUGGAGCUGAUUUGGCCGUAUUCUAUCUAGUUGCCAUUUUCUAUCAUUCCGUAAUAAAAAAUAAGAGUGAAUUUCUAGAGUAUUACCAGCUUGAGGAUCAGUUCCCUAAGGAGUUUGUGUUUAUUCUAAUGGUAAUCUUCUUCUUGAUGAUUGUUGACCGCUUCAUAUACUUGUGUUCAUUUGCAACGGGGAAAGUCAUAUUCUACCUCUUCAACCUUAUUCUGUUCACUUACGUUGUCACCCAAUAUGCUUGGAAUAUGGAUACUUCCCAGCAGAAUGCUGUCGGAUUUGCCCUUCGAGCAAUAUAUCUCACUAAAACAGUUUCUCUUGCAUUACAAGCUGUGCAAAUUCAACAUGGUGUUCCUCAUAAGAGCACUUUGUAUCGCCAGUUUCUCACCAGUGAAGUUUCUCGUGUUAAUUAUCUAGGGUACAGGCUAUAUCGUGCUCUGCCUUUUCUGUAUGAAUUGCGAUGCGUUCUUGAUUGGUCGUGUACAACUACUUCAUUGACUAUGUAUGACUGGCUGAAGUUGGAGGACAUAAAUGCAAGUUUGUACCUUGUUAAAUGCGACAACGUUCUAAACAGGGCUACACAUAAACAAGGAGAGAAGCAAACAAAGAUGACUAAGUUUUGCAAUGGAAUAUGUUUGUUCUUCAUAUUGAUCUGUGUAAUUUGGGCCCCAAUGCUGAUGUACAGUAGUGGUAACCCGACAAACAUAGCAAACCCGAUCAAUGACGCCAGUUUCCAGUUCGACAUCAAGACAGAUGGCGGAAGGUUAACCUUGUACCAGACGACCCUUUGCGAAAGAAUUGCAUGGAACCAACUCAGCAUGAAUGUCGAUCUCGAUCCCGAGCAUUAUUUAGACUCGUAUAACGUGAAUGAUAUUCAGCUGGUUUGUUGCCAAGCCGAUGCAAGUAAUUUGUGGCUUGUCCCAGAUGUUGUCCAGAGGGAGUUUAUCAAGUCCCUUAAUGGGGAUAGCAUGGACAUGAAAUUUUCUUGGGUUCUUACAAGGGAUCGACCAAAGGGAAAGGAGACUGUUAAAUAUGAAAGGAGUGUCGAUCCAAUAGAUCUCCCAAUGCCUUCGGAAGUUGAGGGGGUUCUGAAUGGUUCCUUGAGUAGCUUUACAAUUUAUAAGAUUUACCCAAGAUUUUUCCGGGUUACUGGGUCGGGUGAAGUGAGACCUUUUGAGCAGGAGGUAAAUGAUGUCAGUGCAGAACUCGUCUUGCAUCAUGAGAAUUCUGAAUGGUGGUCCUUUCAUGAUAUCAAUUCUUUGGAUGCAUAUGGUUGUGGUGGCCUGUCGGGACCUAUGGCCAUCAUUGUAUCUGAGGAAACCCCACAGGGAUUUCUUGGUGAGACUCUCAGCAAAUUCAGCAUUUGGGGUCUCUACAUCACGUUUGUAUUAGCAGUUGGGCGGUUUAUUAGACUGCAGUGCUCCGACUUACGGAUGAGAAUACCAUUCGAGAAUCUUCCUUCAUGCGACAGGCUGAUAGCCAUCUGUGAGGAUAUAUACGCUGCACGAGCAGAAGGUGAACUUGGAGUGGAGGAGGUUCUUUAUUGGACGUUGGUUAAGAUCUACAGAUCACCACACAUGUUGCUCGAGUAUACAAAUCCCGACUAGUUUUUUUUGCUGGUCGGCAGCCGUUGAUGAUAAAAUCACCUAACUUCGACUAGAACGACAAAUGCUAACACACAGUAAGUCAUUCUUUUCGCAACUUUGGUAUUUUAAGUUUCUUAGUUGGGAAGCACUGUUAAAUGGGAUGGUAUUAUGAUUUGGUUUACUGAAUCUUUUGAUCCCCUAUCAGUUGAUAGCUAAAGGCAUUGUGCGUAUAAUAUACCUUUGGAGAGUCUAAUUGAGCUUCCAAUAUAUAUUAUUGAAAGGAUAGAAAGUGAAGAAGUGAUUAGAUGAUGAUUGAUGAGAGAGAGAGAGAAGAGAGAGAGUUAGAGUUGUACAAUGAUAUUUGAUGUAAUGUUUCUUAUUCAAAUGACAAAGUAGAGUUGAAUGUGAUUGUUGGUGUAAAGAAACGAAGUGUAUUUCUUGAGAGUUUUCAUGGCUAGUUGCGGCCAGAAAAAAUUUUCGAGCGGAAAAUCGAGGAGGUCCUGAAGACUACGCGUGCUUUGUAUCGGUAUAUAUUAGUAUUGUUGCCCGAGCAAUGCACGUGAAGUAUUUA